AUGAUAACCCUUUGUCGCUACGAAUGUAAAGCCUGUCAUCAGCACUUCGGGCAAGACACGUCAAUAUACGAGCGCCACCUCCUCGAAUCCGGAUCGCAUCACUACUGCAAGCCAUGUCAAAGGGAGUUUGGAUCAGCAAAGGCCUUGCAAGCUCAUCUUGAUCAAUCCCAAAAACACAUGUGCUGCAGAUGGUGCCAAUCCGAUGUUGAUAACAUCCGCUCCCACAACCAGAAAUAUCAUACGCAAUGCCCCAGAUGUAAGGUGUGGUGCGCGAACAUGGAGGGGCUCAAGGAACAUUGUCUCCAAACUCACUCCGAUGUCUACUGUGCCCCUUGUCAAACGCUGUUCACCCAAACCAAUAACUUGAUCAUGCAUCUCCGAUCAUCGCUUCAUCAACCGAAAAGCGUCCGAUGUCCGCACGCAUCGUGCGGGAAGGACUUUGUGAGCACCUCGGCGCUUAUCGGCCACUUCGAAGCGGGCACCUGUCCAUCGGGCGUCGAGCUGGAAGACGUCGACGAAUACUUCGGCCAUCAUUGCGACCCACAACAAUGGUUCGUGCGGAAGGAGUUGAUCUUCCCUCAACGCGUCUGGGAGAUCCCCUCCGAUCAUCCCAAACAUAAGAACUGCGGCCGUAAACCCUACAUCUGUCCCUCCGAACACUGCGCUCAUGCCACGUUCCACUCCCUCAGUAGCUUGUUGCUUCAUCGUGAGACCAGGACUUGCGAGAUGGGCUACAGACACGAACUCCCCAAACUCCUUCAACAUUUGUUCAACAUCGUCGUACAGCUCUAG